GCAAAAACACCGUCUAACGUGCGUAACCACAGACUCGUUCGGCCCCAGCAGCAGCAGCACUUGGAGAGGUGCAAAUAUUUACCUUCGAAGUUGGCCUAGAAAUAUUUCUACUUACUAUAGAGCUGCUAUAUAGCGCCGAAUAGUUUUGGUUUUGAUUUGUCAAGACAAUUGUCGCAAAGUCGAUCGAUACUGACGGUUUUUUUUUUCUUAAUACUAUUUUUUUGCUCGACCAUGUGUGGCGCACAAAGCGUUUGGUUGCUGGCGUUGUGCGCGCUGUGUGCGUUGAUCCAACCCGGUCUAUGCCCGUUUUCAAAACUGAAAAAUAAAUUACUCGGAAGGAAAACAACGACGUCGGAAGUCGCCGCCGGAAGUGUGGCCGGCACCGGCGGCAACACCACCCCCCCAUUUGGAGUUAAGACCAUUGGAAUGGAGCCCAGAUCGAAGUGCCCACAGGCUGCGGACCGAAUACACUUGGACACGCCGUUCUAUCAAGUCCUGACCAGGGACUUGCCCACGGCCAACGUCGAGGUGAUCGAAACCCCCCCGGUUUUGGGCUUCGGCGUGUAUCCUAAGCGCAAAACCACCGAAACCACCGAUGGUGCUCCUCCUGCGGUUGUUUUUGAAAAAUCAACAAGCAAAGUAAGAAAACAUUACGGAUUGCAAUGAUACCGUUCGUUGUCAAGUAGAAGAAGAAGAAGAAAAUCCAAACUAUAAAAACAAAAUUCACGUUGCUAAUUUGUUUUAUGUGUAAAGUACAAUAUAAAAUUAAUACUUUAAGAAACUGUAAUU